AAAUCUGCCCAAAUGUGCCAACGUGUUCAAUGACGCGAAAUUUGAUCUAACUUGCUAACAUUUUAUUAUUUGUUGAUUAUGUGCGUUCAAGUUACUUUUUAAUGACGUUUGUUAUCAUUUCUUUAGAUUUUAUUAGUAAAUUGUAGAUUUGUCCAAAUGUGCCAACGUGUUCAAUGACACGAAAUUUGAUCUAAUCUUGCUGAUAUUUAUAUUAUUUGUUAAUUAUGUAUGGACUAGUUGUUUUUUAAUGACGUUUGUUUUCAUUGGUUCAGAUUUCAUUAGGGAAUGAGAUAAAUAUUAAAUUAUGAGUAGAAUAAUGACACAUAACCUUCUGAGUUGAUUGUAUCAUAGUAAUUCUAAAAUAGUGAUUAUUAAUUUAUAGAUUUUUUACAUUGAUGUUGUAUUUUAUAUCAACAAUAUUUGUGUUACAAACCUAUAAAAUAAUUAAAUAGUUCCACAAUAAAAUAUAUUAUUUUUAAAGCUUCAAAAUAGCGAAUAAAAUGAGAAGAUCCCAUUCGGGAGGUUAUAACUAUGAGCCUUUGCCGACAACAUCUAGUCACAAUGCUUUCGAAGAUGAAAAUGAAAAGAUGACAGAGGAAUUAAGUACUAAAAUUAAUGCUCUUAAAUCAUUAUCAAUUGAUAUAGGAACCGAAGUGAAAUAUCAAGAGAAAGUCUUACGUGGAAUGGAUGAUGAUUUUGAAAGAACUAGUGGAUCAUUAGGUGCAUCUGUUGGACGUGUUUUACGAUUAGCUAAAGCUGGUCAUAAUUAUUAUAUUCUAUAUUUAUUUCUUUUUUCUAUAGCAGUAUUUUUUGUAUUAUGGAUAGUUCUAAAAUUUAAAUGAUUAAACUUCAAACUGCACUUA